AUGGGCCACGCCCACUCUUCGUCUUCAACCGGUAGCUCCACGGCGGCGAGCCAUCCGAACGACGAGAAGACCAAAGAGAAAGUGGGGAAAAACGCGAGAGAAUUCGGGAAUUUAGGGUGUAUUCAGGUGGAGAAGCUGUUCCGUCAGAAUAAUCGAACGAACAGGAGUCGAAGUCUGGACAACCGAACGCAAGAAAAGCUUCCGAACAGGCCGGUCGGCUCGAGUCACUCUGCCAGAUUCCCGAAAACCCGUCACAUUCCUGUUCCGAUGCCGGGUCCGCGGAAGUCGGAAGACGGACGUGAGUGAUUCGCAAAAACAGUCCGAGUGACGUCAUAUUCUGUUUCCAGCGAAUGGCUCAAUUUCCGGUUUGUCGCGCGACGACAAGAGAAUCAUCGAGACGUGCUGGUUCAAGUGCUCGCAGAAACAAUUGAGAAAGUGCUCUUGUGACAUGUUCUGGGACAUUCUGCACACGGACGAGGACAUUCUGCGGCUGUUCCGGUUGGACCACGUGUCGCCGAAUCGGCUUAAAGAGAACGAUUACUUCAAAUCGCACGCCUCCAAUCUGGCAUUAGUCCUGAAUCUUGUGGUCACGAAUCUUCAGGAUAACUUUGAACAGGCACAAGAUGCUCUCCAAGUGAGAUCAGUCACUGCUCGUCGUCAACAAUACCAUCAUGUUACAGGCUCUCGGCUAUCAGCAUCUUCAUCUAAUCGACCGAACUAACUUCCAGACAAUGUACUGGGACAUAUUUACAGAUUGCUUCGAAAGGAACCCUCCACCGUCUUUUAGAAAAGGAGCGGAACGAGAUGUGAGUCUUUCUGUGAUCAUUAGAAACCCCGCGAGACCAUUACAGGUGUGGAGCAGGAUGAUACUGUUUAUAAUGGCUCAAAUGAAGACGGGUUAUCAACGAGCGAUACAAGAGGAGAAGUGUGAACGUCUCAGUGUUCCUCUUCUCAUGUGA